UGGGUGUAAGCUGGAACUCAAGGCAUUUCAUUGUGGAAAGAAUCUGCAAAGAACUCACCAUAUCCAGUUCUGUCAUCUCAUCUAAACUUUAAAGUAUCACUGAACUCUGAAGCCUACAUUAAACACCACAGCUACAAAUGGAUAUGGAAGAUACAGAACUGAGGAUUUUUAUGUUGGGUAAAAGUGGGUCGGGAAAGAGUGCUACAGGAAACACUAUCCUAAACAGAAGAGUGUUUAAGGACACAUGUGCCUUUCAUUCCAUCACCAAUGUGAGUAAAAGAGGCUGCACUAUUUUAGAAGACAAGGCGAUUAUUGUAGUAGAUACACCGGGAAUCUGCCACACGUCCCUGACUAAAGAAGACUUGAAAAGAGAAAUUAACAAAGGGCUACACCUUUGUGCUCCUGGUCCACAUGUAAUCCUAAUAGUCAUCAAACUGGGUGUGAGAUUCACAGAGGAAGAAAAGAAAGUGCUUGAGUGGAUUCAGAACAACUUUGGAGAAGAAGCACGAGACUGCACCAUGGUUCUGUUUACUUACGGAGAUUUACUGACAGAUUCGAUGGAAAAUCACCUGGAUAACUGCCCAACACUGACAAAUCUAGUGGAGCAGUGCAAUGGACAGUACCAUGUUUUUCAGAACAAACAGCAGGAUCAGUGCCAGGUUCGUGAGCUUCUGAAUAAAAUAGAAGAGUUACGAAGAUUGAAUGGCAACAAAAUAUACACCAAACAUACUGCGUCACGACUUGUGGGAGCAGCAGCAGCAACAGCAGCAGUAGCAGCAGCAGCAACAGCAGCAAUUGCUAUAAUUGCAACUACAGGUCACAAGUAACUAAUGGUAGAAGAAGCACUUAACAUCACACACACACACACACACACGUGAUGUGGGGUGCAUUCAUAUAUAAAGUGCUUGGUCUGGUGUGUAUUCCAGCUUAGUGCAGUUCUUUUUGACAGGUAAGAAACUGCGAUCACAGUUGUGUCUGAGAGCAUCUAAGAUCUGUUUCGACUCAGUUCACCCAUCUGGAAUUAACCAUGGCAUAUAAUCUGAGCCACAGGACAGAGGACUAGUUGUGCAGAAAUAUCAUGUGUUCUGUAGACAAACUAACAGAGGGAAUAAUGUGGAUGUUAUGCAAAAAUGUUUUAUGUGUAGAAUUAUCUAAUCUUUUAUUCAUGACUUUCCCAUGAUUGUGUGUCUUUUUGUGAUUCAUUAAUGUAAUAACUUCUAAACAGUAUAGUACAAUGUAAUAACUUAUAAGUAGUAAUGCACAGUAUAAAUAAAGAUUAUUUAUGUAAGGAAGCAUGCAUUUGGAACAAUGUAACCAACUCAGAUUUUGGUCUAGAAUGUAAAAGCAAUUAUUGGCAAUUGAUAAACACCCACUUACUACAAUAUCAUACAAGUUGUAAAAAAUCUGGUAAACAGCUUUGGUAAACCAUCAGUUAAUAAGCUACUUUAAAGUUUGGUAAACUCACAGGGUAUAAUUAAGUACAACAGAAACUGCUUAGAGGCUUGACAAAGACAAAGGCAAAUGUGAGCAGAGAAACAUACAAAAUGUACUGAUUUUAAAAAAACAGUAAAAUGAACACUUAUCCAUAAAGGUCAUGGUCAAACAAUCCAUACAUGGGAUCUAUAGUCCUUCUGAGGAAGUCCUUAUGCCUGGAACCCCAAAAGGAAAAACAGUCCAGAGAAAAAAGGAGAAAAGUCCCCACUGCCAUAACGUUAUGAAAGUCCAACUGUAAAUACAGAUCCCCAUUUAUCUCCUGUAACUGGAUGGCCAACUGAUUAAAAACCAGCUCCAAAAGUAAAGAAAGAACCAACCGUACUCCAAAACCAGAUAAUUCCUCCAUCCUUUUUACUUCAGUAGGCCUUCCUGUUUCAGGGUAUCCUAAGGUCAAAAUUAAAGUCCCCUUUCCCUACUGUAGGAAGUUUCUGCCCCAAACCUAAAAGUGCCAUGUGUCACUUCAAAUGAAACCACAACUCACAAGAAAAUAAAAGAAUGAAAGAAUCAUCGGAACACAUACCAACUCAACCAAAUUUACCAGAGUAGAAAUGGCAGAGAACUAGAUGAAAUGCACAUUCAUCUAUUACUGCUAAUAUUAUGAACAGCAGCUACGCUAAUGCUGUUCCAUUGUUUCCCUUCUUCUACCCAUCCCGAGGCAUACAGAGACUGUGCCGGCUCCAGUGGCGUCCGGAGAUGGACCAGCUCCAGCCGGGUUCUGCUUGUGAGGAUUGGGAUAUUCAAGCAGCGCUGUGGACAACAACCUCCUUAUUGAUUUACAUAACACUAUACACAUGCUGUAUCUGUAUCACACAAUUAUCACCCAAAUAAGGAUGGGUUCCUCUUACCAUCUAAGGGAGUUUUUCCUUGCCACAGUCGCCUCAGUCACCUCAGGCUUGCUCACUUGGGAUAACAUCUAGGACUGUCUGUCUGUCUGUCUGUUUAUAUGUUUGUUGUUUUCUUAUGUUGUUUCUCAUGUAAAGCUGCUUUGAGACAAUGCUCAUUGUUAAAAACGCUAUACAAAUAAAAUUGAAUUGAAUUGAAUAGAACAUCAAUUAGGGCCUGAAACCAUUUGAAUUAUAAACACACUUUUUCACAAUAUUUUACCUUCAUUCAAAUUUGUAAAAUAUAGUAUCGGAUAUUUAUUUCAGCCCUAAUAUAGUGGAAUCACAACGUCCCUGUAUAAAGCUAUUUAUUUGUUAUUUCCCUUUACAUGCACAGUUUCACAGUGUGGUCUGGUAUGCAGGAACAUAUUUCUGAACACUGGAGAGCUCUCAUGCAGACUUGUAAACAUAGAGUAUCUCAAAUGCAUAAUUUAUUCAAUUUCAAUUGUAUUUCUUUGGCAGCUUGUUAACUAGCCAUUAGCAUCAUGUAAAUCUGAGGAUAUUCUAACUCACUCAGUAACCACUUCUCUUGAUCAAGGUCAUGGUAGAUCCAUAGCCUAUCCCAGGAACAGCUGGUGAAAGGCAGGAAUAAACCCUAGAUGGGAUGCAAGCUCCUAUCUUUUGUUUUAAACUUAGCACACACAGACUGAUGCUAAUGUGUGGUAUGUUUCAGCAGCUGUCUUACAGCUGAUUCUGGUGUCCUACUGUGUGAUGUGGUUUUGAUUGUUUUAAUAGGAGUGGUGUGUUUAAAACCUAAUUGCUUGUCAUGGCACCGGUAUUUUUCAGCAUGUCAUACAGGUGAUUCCGGUUUACUGCGUGUUUUUAGAUUGUUGAUUUGUUUUGUAAUCUUUUAGGUUAAGAUUAAAAUAGCUAAGAUUGGGUUAUAUAUAGGCAGGUUCUUUAUGACUGUAAUUAUUUCUUUGUGUAUUGUGCUUUUUUUAUUUCUAUUAAAAAGAAAGUUACCUGUACCAUUUCUUUAAGUCAUUCACAGUAGAAUUGCCAGUCUGUUGAUGUGACCUGCAAUCAGUUAGUUAGUUUACAUGCCAGCCGGAAAUUGGUAGGCAGGAAUACACCCAGGAUGUGAGACCAGUCCAUUGCACAGAAACCAAGAAAACCUGGAGAAAUCCCAGGGAGUGUAUCAAUCAUUCCCUCAUUUACAGACAUGAUUAAGACCUAGAGAUUUCAGCAAAGUCUGGGGUUUAUCACCAUCCUGUAUUUCUAAGCUGUCUGGUAUCAUUUUAUGAUUUAAGGAUAUUGAAUUUGUGGCCAGUUGAUGUAUCAUUGGGAUCUUUUUGCUCAUACUCUUAGACUGUUUUCCUGAUUGUUUGCUCUCUGACUUUUAACUUGGACUAUUUUGUUGAUUACUCAGUUCAAUUCAAUUUUACUUGUAUAGCACUUUAACAAUUAAUAUUGUCUCAAAGCAGCUUUACAGAACCAAAGAAACAAAAAAACUUUGCUAAAAUUCCUGUGACUGUGGCAUGGAAAAAAACUGUAUUUUGAGAUUCAUUUUAGUUAGGACAUGAAGUGGGGCAGUGGUAGGUCCAGUAGUUAAGGCUCUAGGUUGUUGACCCGAAAGUCUAGUUUCAAGCCCCAGCACUGCCAAGCUGCUACUGUUGGGCUCCUGGGCAAGCACCACUUUAUUCCAGGGGUUCUGUAUCAUAGCUGCCCCUAUGCUUUGACCCCAAACUAUACCUGUAACAAAGGCUUCUUUUAUCUUGUUGAAGUUAUCAACUAUUCACUGAGACUUGAAAGUAAAUCUGAUCGUGAUUAUUAGACAUUAAGUCUCCAUAGAUUCUAUGUGGUUCUAUCCACAGUAAUCUCAUGUAUCUUCAGUUUGCCCAUGUGGAGCAGCUGCAAGCAGCCUCCUGGUGAUGAGACUCUCACCAGAGGUCAGGUCCCAGGCUGAGCAGAUGGGGGUCAGGAACACUGGCUACAAUCAGUUAAUAAAUAUGAAAUUGUGUCAUGUAUUUAUUCUUUCCUCAGGUUUUGUUUUUACUAUCACUAACUAAACACCUUAUUGUGAUGGUGUAGUCGAGGAUGAGGAAACCCGUCAUAGUUGGGCAAAAACGUAGAAUUUCAUAAGCCCUCAUGGGUGUCUGUGUUGUCUAAUCUGACCCUGGUGGAACAAAGCCUUUAUAAUGUUUGAUGUGUGACAGACUCAACAAACAAAAUGGAUGUUUUCUGUGCAUGAGAACAUCAUGUUCACACACUGAACGUCACGACACACUCGGG